UCAAAUUGAUAGUAAUUCGCAAGUAUUUUUGAUUGAAAUUGACUAAGUUGAUCUGAAAAUCUAUUAAAAUUGUGUUUAAGAAUAAAAUAAUAAGUGAAAUCCAUAUGAUAUGGAAAGCAAAUGCGUGAUGACAUAUGGGAAUUCGCUGAUGAAGCAGCUGCAUUAAAACUACGCAGUGUUUUAUCGAUGUAAAAACAAUAAUUAUAAAAAACUCUUGAAUAAGAAGGAAUUGCGCUCCUUUUUUUUUGCCGGAGGCGGACCCCAAACAUCAAAAGGCAAUAAUAAUUUACGAUUGGAUGUGAUUGAAGAAGUCUUUCGAUGCAACUAUACAACUGCUGCGCGGCCACAACAGCAACAACAAUUAAAACAACAACCACAACAUCAAUAACAGCAACAACAAAUCAUAUUAGUCUUGCCAAAAAUAGAGUCUACAUUACCCAGAAGAGAUGCCGAUACUAAUGCCAGCGGUGGAAAGAGGUGGCUCUCAUUGAAGCAGCAACAACCACCGGAUUAAGAUUGGGAUUAGGUUUGAGAUCAGAGUUCCUUUUAGUGGCAGAACUUCACAUGGAAACGGACAGCAGCGACGGGGACAGCGCCAAAUCUAUUCCGCGUCCUGAUUUUGAAGCCGUCUCAGCCAUUGAUAGCCCACAGCCGCAAUCCCUCCUGCAUGUGGAUGGCGGUGAAAUGGACACAAGCAGCAGCAGCAUGCCGAGCAAAAGACAAAAGUAUGUGGUUAGUGCACCGCCGCUGGGUUCGGCCAAUGGCAGUAGCAAUUCAUCCAAUUGCAGUAUGGGAGCUUCCACGGCGGCACCUUCAUCUUCGCUGACCAUGAAACUAACCAAAGUGGGUGCCACGCAGACAUAUGUGGGCGAAUCUAAGAUUGCACGGUCCUCAACGCCAAAGCAAGAUUCGAAAUUUCGAGUCUCCAGGGAUUUAAUGGCCCUGCAGAAAUCUCACAACGACAGUAAAGUUCUUACUGGCUUUGUACAAGAUGGCACCAAUCCGAAACGUCGCAAAUCUCGUUACAUAGCUCAGGAUCAGCCCUUGGUUGGCAAAGUUCUUUCGCAAAGUUUGUCAAAGGUUCCACGAAAAUCCAUUCGCUUGGCUAAGAAACGUAGCUUAAGUAAUCCGUCAUUAUAUCUAGACUCCGAUGACAGUUGGCACCUGGAGCCAAGCACAUUCCGCCAAACUGUGGAUUCCAGAACUCAAAUACCUAAACACUUAUCACGUUGUCGGUUCCGUAGUAAGACUAUCUGCUUUGGCAACGGAGAUCGUGAUAUUCCGGGCAUUAAUAUACGUUCUUCGGAAAACUCUGAAUUCAUGGGCAAUGCUUCUCUCGAUACGAAUCGAAAAAUACCCGUCAUAAAUACAUCGGGCGAUGCAGAUUGGCCUGUAAGCUCCAACAUGUCCACUUUCUCAGAUGUCAGCGAAUCCAGAACAAUACUUACAACGAUUGGUCCACCCACAGAAAUUCAUAUGGAAGAGGAGGAGCAGGAAGUUGAGCAGCGUCUCAGAGAAAUUUAUCAGGAAGGUCCAAGGGAUGGCUGGGAUCCCUUUUGCUGGAAAUGUCGCGAAUGUGGAAAAUUGGUACCCUGUUGCAAGUGUUUGCGCUCCUAUCACACUUAUUGUGUACGUCCGGCUUCCACAAAAUUUGAUGCCACCUGGAAGUGUCCCGAAUGCGUGCUUAUCGAGAGUGCCCCAAAGAGGUUACGCCGCAACGAUGUCUCAUUGGAUCUGUUGAGCCAGUUGCUCUCUUUUGCGCUCGACCGGAUGAAACACAUGCGCGGGGCCCACAAAAUACGUUCGCCGCAAGAUGUUUUGCCGCAGUCAUAUAGCAAAUAUUUUGUGAAUCCGGUGAGUUUUACCAGUCUGGCUGAAUGCAUACGGAAUGGAGCAUUUCAUAGUGCCGAUGAAUUUCUGAGCGAAGUGAAAUGGAUGCAGCAUAAUGCUUUAAUUCUCGAUGCCGGUGAUAUUAAAGUGGAGCAAGCAUCAAAGGCUGUGGUAAAAAUCUGUCGACAGGAGGCCAACGAGAUUGAGACCUGUGCCGAAUGUUAUUUGAAUGCCAACUCCAGUGAUGAAUGGUUCGUAAAGGUCUGCACACAUCCACAUCUGUUGCUGUGGGCCAAGCUAAAGGGAUUUCCCUAUUGGCCCGCCAAGGCCAUGGGCUCCAGUGCCAAUGCCUUGGUGAAUGUGCGUUUCUUUGGCAAACAUGACAGAGCCAAUGUGCCAGUAAAGGAUUGCUUCUUGUAUUCGGAACGAGAUCCCAAUACACAGACUAGUCGCCGAUCGGCCAGGGAUCUAGCUGAAUGCAUACGCGAGGUAGAGGUGCAUAUUGCGAAUAUUAAACGGAAAAUUGGCAGCUUCAAUUAUGCACCAUAUCGUACUGCAUACGAUCCUCUUGGCGAGCAACAGCAGCUGGAAAAAAUGAUGCCCGGAGUACAUGACAUUAUCCAACAGCAAUUGGAACCGGCCAAUAAGACACCAUUGCAGUUUCUUAUAAGAAAGACAGCCGGUGAUAAGUUGUCCAUUGUCAAGAAGAGCAAAGCCACCGAAUCUGGCAAUGAAUCGGAUCAGGCGAGUCCAAAUAAAAAGACUCUCUUGGCCACCAAGGAUCCUGAGCCAGUUAUCGAGCCUGUUGUUAAGUCGAAAAGUAGUAACUACGAGGUUAUACCCCGAUCGGCGAAUCCUCUAAGCGAAUCUCGUGGCUGUACGGUGAUACUUAAGCGCAAAUCAAUGGCAGCUAAAAUGACAACUCCCUCACCGUCAUCCGCAGCAACAGCAACAACAACAUCCUUAGUGGAAGUAUCCACCAGCAAACGUAAACAUUCCCUGAGUGAUGCCAGCUGCACAAGUGAAAUGGAGCUUGGCCAUUUGUCUACAGGGCACAAGCAUAAGCCAAAGCAUCCCCGGAAGCAAGUCAGUGCACCUGCCCCUGCAAAAUUACAAGAACCUUCUGUAGAAAAAACAAAGGAGGAAGACAAAUCUUCGGAAACUGAAAGUUCACCUGCUACUGGGGGAGUUGUCUCUGUUGUGGAAAUGGUUAGACGUCGCCAGGGAGUAACUAUAACCAAGAUUCCCAAGGAUAAUCAACAACCAGAAGGAGGAGGAGGAGCAUCAGCAGCUCCGCCCACUAAGCCAACUGUAAGAGGGCCAAGCGAGCCAGCUAGGCCGAAGCUAACCGAAAUGGAACGACAACAGCAACAACUCAUUAGCAAAGUGAUUCCAUUUAUUGAGAUCAAAAAAGAAGUGGUAUCUGAACCAGAAGAGGAUACCCCAGCAGAGAAGAUUCCUGAUCAACAGGAAACACAACCACAGCAACAGCAGAAACAACAACAACCACAACAGCAACAACAAGAGAAGGCAGUGCCGCCACAACCACCGACGCCACCGCCUGAGCCACGAAUUGCAGCUCCUUCCAAGCCUGCUCCACCGCCAGACCCACCAGUUAUGGUGCCGUUGUCUGGUCCACUUCCUGGAAUUCAAAUCAAAGAAGAAAUACUAAGCGAGGAUGAAACAGAGAAGGAAUCAACGCCAGAGGAAGAGCCAAGUAGCAGUACAGAAAAGGCACCGGAAAUGACUCCCAGUUCUAUGCCUCCGCCACCAGCUUUACCGCAAAGAGCUCCAGAGAUGGCGCCCCUUAAUCGGGAGGACGCAGCCGCAUCGGAUUUUGUACGUUUCGUAGGGGACACAACAAUACAAAGAGUAAACCAAAAGCAAGUACCCCAAAAGACGGUGGAAGUAGCACCAAAGCGAAGAGGGGUUCCACAUGGUCCUCUGCCAGCAGCAGCGCAAGCCUCCUUGGCUUCUUCAUCGCCAGCAUCGACAUCUACAUCAGAACCACCAUCGCCGUCACCCUCACCGAAACCAGCAAAUAGUUAUAAAACUCCUACCCAGUCCAGUUUUAACACCAAAUCUCCAGCACCCACACCAACCCCUGGGCCGCCCCAACAUCAGCAGCUACGUGUUAAGAGUGAUAGAGCACUGAAUCAGACGCCUCCACCUCAAUGUUUGGGCCCCAAUUUGAGUGCUACACCGGCAACAACCACAUCAAGUUUGCUCAGAUCCCACAUGGUAGUAAUUCCCGUCGAACAGGCAGGCGGCAGCAACAUAAACAAUACCACAAGUCCCAUGGCCGUACCCGUGCCCCCGCUAAGGGCGGUGUCCAAGAAUACGUUGCAGCAAUCGACUAUUCCGAUUGGCCCUGCAAUUGGUGUACCAAUAUCUUUACCACCGCCUCUAGCUGAUCUGAGUGUGCCACCAACUCCACCAUCCAGCACACUAACUUCAAGCGCUGAAUCUAGUGGUCUAUUGGUCAAUGCUUUGAACGGCCUGUCCAGUGAUCUGUCGGCCAGUGAAUUACCCAUUGCCACAGCAGAUCCCAUAACACCGGGAAUGGCGGCAGCAUUGAGUGAGAUGGUUUUGCGAACGGGACCGCCUAAGCUAGUGGCACGACCCUGUGGUCCCCUGCACUCUGAUGGGUCCCACAUUUAUCCAUCGCAGGCUGGGCCACUUUCUCGACGCCUCAAAGAUAAUGCCCACAAGAUCACCGACUACUUUAUUUCGGUUAUCGAGGACACUCUUAGCGACUUGGGCUCUGGUGAACCAAGCGUUAUGCAGGCUCGAGUCGCUGUCCUCACACUGGAGAAUGAACGCCUGAAGCAACACUAUGAACGCCAAUUGGCCGACAUGCAACGUUCCACUGAGAUGAUGAUUGCCGAAAUGCGCAAGACCCUGGAGCAGGAGAACAAGCGCGUCAUUAGCGAGCUACGUCAGCAGAGCACAGUAGAUCGGAUGCGGGCCGUGGAGGAGGCCAAGAAGAAGCAGUGGUGUGCCAACUGUAUGCGCGAAGCUCAACUCUAUUGCUGUUGGAAUACAUCCUACUGUGAUUAUCCCUGCCAGCAGAUGCACUGGCCCCGCCAUUCGGCUAGCUGUGGACAAGCGGUCACUGUGCAAACGCCAGUUGCACCACUUCCACCCACUGAAAUGGCUGCUUCCCGUUCUCGCAGUAAAACAUCGACACCGACUACGACAGCAACCAAUAACUCCCAAGUUAUUGGCAAUCCGAUGCCCAGUCCUCAGUUGAACAGAAGUGCUCCCCCCGUUCCAACUGUUGUGACUGCGCCUGCUAAAAAAUGGCAAAAUAAUCAGCCGUUAAUGUCUAUGAUCAAUCAACAUCAGUCUGGUUCAGAGCAAGUGCUUAAGCUUCCCUCCAAUACAUAUCUGCGUCCAGUGGUUAGCCCAAUGACAUCCACAGUAUCAGCCCCGCCACCCCCUAAUAGCAACAGCAACACAAAUAUGACCACAUUGAUCACACCAUCUGCAUCGUCAGCUCCGCAUCUUAACAGCCUCCUGCCACCUAAUCGGAAUGCAAUGAGCUACAAGCCCAUGCAGUCUAUGCCUGUGCCGCGUUUUAAUAUUCCUUUACCCAUCACCAUGAACAACAGUUUUGGACUCAUGGCAGUGGAGCAAAGUCAAAAACAACAACAACAACAAACAUCUAAAACAACCGGACGCAACUCCAACAAAGCCACAAAUCGAGUGCGCAAUAUCAAUAAUAAUAACAAUAACAAUGCCAACAAUAGUGCCCCAGGCAUGCGAUCCAAUCCUAAUCAACAGAAUCAAGUUUUCCCUCAGUCAGUUAGAAGUUUACCUAAUCCAUAUACAUGAAUUACAACUGAAGAACUGAAUUCGAUUUAAUUUAAAUAUUGAUAUCCUUAGAUUCUAAUCUAUUGAGUGAAGUGUUUUAGGUUUAACCGAAACUUUUUGAAUGCGUUUAAAAAGACCCCAUAAAUUAAUAGUGCUAGAUACAGAUAUUAAAUAUUUAAUAUAGUA